AGCGAAAUGGCGACUUCGGGGAGUCCUUCAUUUUCGGGAAGUGUCCAAAGUUUUUCUUUUUCUUACCUUGAAUGAUCCGCAAAAAGCAAGAUAAACCAUGAUCAAGUAUUUUGUGUGUAUGGCUGAGGAAAUUUUACGCAUCAUCUUGCCUAAAAGUCACCCGUUUUCCACAUAAAAAUUAAUUUGUGUGGCUAGGAUUUUGUGUGAAGUUUGCAUAUUUAUUUGUUGUUAUUGAAAUUGAUAAGGCCACGUUUCAAAGUUGAAAGCAUAUUCCUGAUGUCUGAAGCUGAUUCAACGAUGCCAAGAACUAAGAAAUCUAUUGAACACACUGGAUUUAAAACGAUCGAGAGCAUUGGCAAACUUGUUCUGCAUCUCAUUCUUCGGUUUUGGAGAGCGUGCAGUGCGGCUAUGUUAACUCUUCUUCUUCUUUAUUGGUUAUACGGAGGAGUUGUUAGCUUUUUGCUGUUAACAGCAGCAGUGUUUGGUGCCUUAUACCAUUAUCAAGACACUUUGCUUUACUUCCCGGAACAACCUGUCACAGCAAGAGUGUACGUUCAGAACCCCGCUAUUCUGGGUUUACCAUUCGAGAAUUUGUUCAUCAAGACGCAAGAUGGCGUGAAUAUUAAUGCUAUAUUUAUAAAACAACCGCCUCAGUUUCAGAGCUCUGUUCCAACCGUGUUGUUUUUUCAUGGAAAUGCGGGAAAUGUUGGCCACAGACUAAUUAACGCAAAGAGCUGGCAUAAUUACUGUGGUUGUAAUGUGAUGUUGGUGGAAUACAGAGGGUAUGGAAAGAGUGAAGGCUCUCCCAGUGAAUAUGGGUUUGAUUUGGAUUCAGAAGCUGCCUUUUCUUAUCUGUUGUCACGGACUGAUAUAGACACAAAUAAGAUUGUUAUAUUUGGACGUUCAUUGGGUGGGGCUGUGGCUAUUGCUCUAGCGUCAAAUGAACUUUAUUUGGACAAAGCAUUUGCUUUGAUUGUGGAGAACACUUUUACAAGUAUUCCAGGCAUGGCAAAUCAACUUGUUAAUGGCCUUGGUAAACUACCUUACUUCUGUUUUAGAAACAAGUUUGAUUCCUUGAAGAAGAUCCGUAAGUCAAAAGUUCCAACCCUUUUUCUGUCUGGAUUGGCUGAUCAACUUAUCCCUCCAAGAAUGAUGACAAGCCUUUACAAGACAUCAGGAUCCUGUCUUAAGAAAAUGGAAUGCUUUGAUCGUGGAACACACAAUGAAACAUGGCAGUGUUAUGGGUACUUCGAUGGAAUUGCAAGAUUCUUAUGUGAGGUCCAUCAAGCUAGGGAAGCUGGUGUGAUUGGACCACCAAUUUUAAAUGAGAACUCCAAUGGCCUUGGAGGCUCCUCCACCUCAGCUGUUCUCAAUGUACACAGCCACACUGAAGACAUUUAAAUCAAAAUAAUUAUGAAGAAAAUACUUUGGUUGUAUGAAAUAUACAGGUAAAAGAAAACACCAGCCAUAGAUUAAGGUAGUUUGAGACACAAAUUAAUUUUGUGUUCAAAUGAAAUUGGAUGGAGGGUUCGAAUUAGCUUGAAUUGGUAGUUUAACAAGGGAAAGUCUUGAUUAAAAAUUAUUUAAUUGGUUGAACAUGAAGAGCUGUCAGAUUGGUUUUGCAUAUAACAUGGCCAAUGGGUGAAUCGUGGAAGUGUCAGUGGAGUCCAAGAUUCUCCACAUGAUAUGACUUCCAUCUCUUGGAAUUUGUGUUAUUUUUACCUUUGUCUCUGCAUGUAGACCUAAGAGAGGCCUUGUUAUUCUUUUUCCUCCAAUACCUCAGAGGGAUUGUUGAAAAAAGGCAAGAAUUUUACAAUCUUGCAAUUCAACUUUUCUUCCUGGGUAUGAGUCAAAGCAAUAAAGAAAUACAGGGAAUGUGUCAUAGAA